ACUUGCAUCACCCACUAGGCCGCUAGACAGCCGAGGAGCGAAGAUGGUGGCGUCAGCAGCACCCUUCACCAGCGGCUUCCUCUGCCCGACCAAACCAAGGACGCCACUGCUCCCGUCCUCCUCCCGACCGUCUCACUCCCGCCUCCACUUCCGCAUCCGAUCCCCCGAUCCCAAGAACCCAGCGGCGGCGCCCGUCUCCUCUCGCAUGGAAGCGGCCCAGCCCCAGACGCGCGACGCCCAGGGAGGGGCGGAGUCGGCCAUGAAACUGCUUUUCGUGGAGAUGGGCGUCGGCUACGACCAGCACGGCCAGGACAUCACCGCCGCCGCCGUGCGCGCCUGCAAGGACGCCAUCUCCUCCAACUCCAUCCCCGCCUUCCGCGGCGGGUCUAUACCCGGAGUGAACACCGACCAGAUGAAGCUGCAGAUCAAGCUCGGCGUGCCGAGGUCGACGCAGCACUUGCUGGAUGCUGAGAGAGUCAAAGCCGUCUUCCCCUAUGGCAAGAUAAUCAGCUUCGAGGUUGUCGACGGCGGCAUGAUCUGUUCAAGCGGCGUGUGCCUCGAAGCAAUGGGGGACAAGAACGACGACUGCUACAUAGUCAACGCUGCAGUUUAUGUCGGCUACUGAUGUAAUCCUGGAGAAAGAGUUUUGCUUUCACCUGGAACAGUAGAAAUCGGACUGGCCUCGUCCACAAUAAGCACACGCCAUUGCUGUAACGGCUGCACAUCAUUGGUGUCGUGCUGGGUCUAUGUAUUGCCUGCCCUCGUCUUCCGGUCACGGCAUGCCCAGUUAGUUCCCGAGCAUUUGCAUGCGA